CCGGUGAGCAGACAGCUGUAGGCUCUGUACGGAAUUGUGACCGCGUAUGAAGCUGUUAGCUGGUGGGGGGUAACAAGAAAAACUUGGUCUGCGACAGUCUUGGUGCUCGCACUUCCGGUCUGUGUACGGUUCGCUGUAUGCUUGUGCCUUCGUACCGGCGUCAUAAUGAUCAAGGCCAUCCUAAUCUUCAAUAACCACGGGAAGCCCCGGUUGUGCAAGUUCUAUCAGCACUAUAGUGAAGAUACGCAGCAGCAGAUUAUACGAGAAACGUUCCACUUGGUGUCCAAACGGGAUGAGAACGUCUGCAACUUCUUAGAAGGUGGCAUGUUGAUAGGUGGAUCUGACAACAAGCUCAUCUACCGACAUUAUGCAACUUUAUAUUUUGUCUUUUGUGUGGAUUCUUCAGAAAGUGAACUUGGCAUCUUGGAUCUUAUACAAGUCUUUGUGGAAACCCUGGACAAGUGCUUCGAAAAUGUCUGUGAAUUGGAUUUAAUUUUCCAUGUAGACAAGGUCCACAACAUCCUUGCGGAAAUGGUGAUGGGUGGUAUGGUUCUAGAAACAAACAUGAAUGAAAUUGUCACUCAAAUUGACGCCCAAACAAAACUGGAAAAGUCUGAGACUGGUUUAGCAGGAGCUCCAGCGAGGGCAGUGUCUGCCGUAAAGAACAUGAAUCUUCCAGAGAUCCCGCGGAACAUUAACAUUGGUGACAUCAGUAUUAAAGUGCCAAACCUGCCUUCAUUUAAAUAACACUACCCAUUCACUGAUACUUGAAGAAAAAAAAAAAGGUCCUGAUAAGUUUACUUAGUAAAUGGAAAAACAAAAAUAAAAAAUAAAAUAAUUUUGUAAGUGAAGGCAAAAGUCUGUGCAGAUGUAAAAUGUUGCGUUUUAAAUGUUCAUAUCCUAUUACUCCAUGUUAAUACCAGGAAAUUACUAGCUGAAGUAUGAUUUUCAAAAAUACAUUUCUACAGCAUCUUUUAACCUUUUGAGUGCUAGAAGGGUAAAUGGCCAUUGCUUUUCUAGCACUCAAAAGCACUAAUCUCUAUAUUGGCUGGAUACGUAUCUUCAAAAUAUGUAUUGAAUCCUUUUGUUUUUCUCUAAACUCCCAUGCUAUCUUUUGUAUCUGCUUUAUUCUAUAAUUAGCCAGUGACCAAACAUUCCAUGAUGUUGAUCUAGAACAUAUUCUGUACCCGCAUAAAAACAUUUCAAAUUAAUUUAAACUUGGUUUAUAAUUCAUUUGUGUUUGAACAUACUGUACAACAAAGUUGUUUAACGUCAUUUUUUUAUGACUGUUUUUUGAGUUCAUGGUUUAAAUAAAAAAAAAAUAGAGAUAUAGAAGUGUAUUUUAGCUGUAAUAAAUAUGCUGAAAUUGUGGAGUCUUGCAUUAGAUGUCAUGUAAAAUAAAUUUUAUGAAUGUA